AUGCCCUUGGGCGCGAAUGGUGCCACCGUCAUCCCGUCACAGUCUUCCUCCUCACGAGGGCUGCCUACCAAUCCAGCUCAAGGAUUGCGACGACUACAGACGUCCUUGUCCAACAUGCCUCCACCUCCUCCGAUCCCCGAGAUGUUCAGGCAGUCCUCGAGCUCGAAUUUGUCGGCUUCCGCGCCAAUGUCGGCGAACCAAGUCAUUGCUCUUGCCCGCGAGGCCAUGAGGAGCGCUAUACGUGAAAACGAGUCGCAAGCAGCUGAAGCAAGUGGAGUGAGCACCGAGCUGAAACCGGGCGUUACGAUCGACCUGAGCCGGAGGAACAUCCAAGAGCUGCCCGACGAGGUUGUUGACAUUAUAAAGAACGAAUUGGAGCGGCUUGCAUUAUCACACAAUAAACUCGCGUCCUUUCCUACAAGAUUUUCUGAGUGUACCUCCUUGCGUUAUCUGAACGUGAGGAACAAUCACAUGAAAGAGUUCCCAUUGCCGUUGUGCGACCUCAGAUCGUUGGAAAUCCUGGAUCUUGGCAGGAAUAAGAUCAAAAUUUUGCCACCAGACAUCGCGAAGUUGGCGUCACUUAAAGUACUUGCUGUUCAGAAAAAUCGGAUAGAGGAACUUCCUCUCUGUUUAGGUGAUAUGGUUUCAUUGCAGGUGCUGAAGCUUGACGGAAACGCUAUCAAGUUCCCUCCACGUGACGUCUUGCAGGUCCAGGCCAGCAGUCCCCCGAACGAGGGCUUCCUGAAAGAAAGCGAGGUAACGGAAGUGACUGUAACAGCACAUAUCAAGAAAUUCUUGAAGCAUAAGAUCGCGGAAAAAGCUGAAGCCGAGAAGACAAAUGAUUUGGAGAAUGGCAACGGCGACGAUGGGAGUGAAGGCAUUGAAACACCACGGUUUCCUUUGAAGAGAGUGGUUAGUGGCCGGUUUCCCAUCAAAGUAAAUGGUGUAGACGCGCCAGACCUUCGAUCGCCCAAUGUACCGCGAGCACCACCGAUACCAUCUCGAUCACAUGCUCGUGGUCUAUCCCAACAGAACACGGCAGUUCGCAAACCCGGUGUGAUGCCCUUGACCAUUGGCAAUCCGAAUGAACGUCUACGGUCGAACAGCGAGACUCUACUGCAAGCAUCACGGGGAGAUCGUUCUGCGGAACGCCCGAGACGUUUAUUAUCAAAACGGACAAACGAGCUGAGCACUCUCGAUGAAACGCAAGCGAACAACAGGUUCAGCCAUUAUCGGGGACUCAGCCACGGUUCGUCCAUGACAGGCAAUGUGCAGCCCAACAUGGGGUCUGUCAACAGCCCGAAUAGUCCUGCAGAACCGUUACUGCACCGCCCCAAUUAUGUCCGUCGGCUAUCGGUCUUGCCCGAGCAGCGGCGAGAAUCAAAAGUGGUGGAUCCCAUCCUUGAAUCUGCGAAGGGCAUUUUAUAUGCCAUAUUCCAGAUUCAUCCUAUGAUACAAUUAUUCACAAGACUGACAAACGAUGGCACAGCUAAGCGCUCGAGUCUGGAAAUUGUCUUCUUUAAUACUAAUAUGCACGUCGAAGAACUGGAGCAGGAGAUUCUCAAACAUGAAUCAUCGGACCAGGGCAAUCAAGGACCUCGAGAGAACGAAAACGUGCAGAGAGCAGUUCUGACCUUGGUCAAUGCUUACGGGCACAUCUGCUCAAUACUCCUUAAUAAUAUGGAAACCAUUGUCAGCAACGGAGACCCUCGAUACAUUCGCACGCUUAUGCUGUGCUUGUACAACAGCAUUAUGGAGCUUCGAGUUACGGCCAACCAAGCUUUAAUGGGUAUGCCGGGUUUCAGUGCACCAUCUCGCCCAGCACGAAAACUAGGCCCUGGAGGGACUCUGAAGCCUCAUUCACGCGACAGUUCGGCUACUCCGACGAUUGACCGACCCAGUCCUAUAAGUGCCAGAUACCGAACCCACAGUCACAAUCCGAGCAACCUCCGUGUAGCAACCGACGUACCGAUGCCAUACCUGAACGGUACCGGGCGUACCGCCACCAUUACUUCUGCCACGCCACGCUCUGGGGAGUCGUUCGCAUCAAGCGACGGCAGUCGAUAUGGACCUGACGUGUCGAACGAGGAACGACAUUUUGAGAAGAUUUUCUUAUCUUUAUCAAAAUCGACAGAGCUACUCAUGCGCACACUUCCAAUUUUCAAUCAGCAAUUCAACAACGGCUUGCGGGAGGCCAAGGCUCAAAGAAUGCCGGUACAUGUCGUACAGUGCUGGAGGGAUCUGAUCAACAGAUGUAGCCACGCGAUCCAACAGACUGAUAUCCUGAAAGGCCGACUGUCCGCCAUCAAAUUCAAAGAGCCUGGAAUCAGAACAGAUCCGGCAUUUUGGGCGCUUUGCAAGAGUUUCGUGGAUGCUUGGGCGGAGUUCGGAAGACAGCUUAGAGGGGCCAUGGAUAUUGUGCCCCUCUCCUUGGAUAUCAAGGCACGGCUACGACCGGUGCAGCUCAAUGUCAAGGAAACAACACAACUCAUCUGCGCCUCUCCGUGGUCUGGCAUUUUCAACCACGCAGGGCAGUACCUCGACGGGAAUUAUUUUUCGCCAGGCCAUUACGCAAAUAAUUCUAAUUUCAGCCAAACGCAACUUCCUGUGACGCCACAGAGUGCUGCCCUGGGACCAGCUGUGCAAGCUACCGUACCAUCAACGCCCCAGAGUGCAUCGUUCGCCCAGGCAUUCUCGGGGAAUGUGUUUGAGAGGGCGGAUGCGUUGAUUUCCAUGGGCGGUCUUUCCAUGUCCCGAACUGGAACCAUGAGCAGUGCCAACCAUAGCUCCUUCAACUCGAUUUCCUCAAUGACUUCAGCUCAGGAUGACCGUGGUCCCGAGUCAAUGUUAAGUCCUCAUAAUGGCAUGGGCUCGAUAUCUUACCGUCGUAACGGCGGAGGCAAGCCCGCGUUUUAG